AAAAUAUCUUAAGAAAGAUGAAUUAUCUAAAUUUAAGUAAUUUAAUUUAAAAAUUAUCUAUAAUAAAAUUCUUAAAUAUUAAAUACAAUUAGAUUUUUACCGUACUAAUUUAGUCAUUUGUCCAAUUUUGAAUAACCUGAAAAUUAUCAGUAGCCAUCUUGAACAAAGCGUUUACACACAAACACAAACAGUGGUAGUAGUGAAAUUUGUUUGAUAAAAAUUGUAAUUUUUUUAUUAAUUUUUUAGUCCAAAAUUGUGACAAAUUUUUAUAUUGUAUGUAGUUUAAAUAAUGUUAUGUUGAUAUUCGUAUUUGAAAUGUUUCCUUAGUUAUGGCUGCUUCUAGAAAACUUCAAGGUGAAAUUGAUCGGUGCCUUAAGAAAGUUACCGAAGGUGUUGAGACAUUUGAGGACAUUUGGCAAAAAGUUCAUAAUGCUACAAAUAGUAAUCAAAAAGAAAAGUAUGAGGCUGACCUCAAAAAGGAAAUCAAGAAAUUGCAAAGGUUACGCGAUCAAAUCAAAAGCUGGAUUGCGUCCGCAGAAAUUAAGGAUAAAAGUGCAUUACUUGAUUACCGAAAACUUAUAGAAACUCAAAUGGAAAGGUUUAAAGUAGUCGAACGAGAAACAAAGACUAAAGCUUAUUCUAAAGAAGGUUUGGGUGCUGCCCAAAAAUUAGAUCCUGCUCAAAAAGAAAGAGAAGAAAUAAGUGCAUGGUUAACACAAUCAAUUGAGUCGCUCAAUAUUCAAAUUGACCAAUAUGAAUGUGAAAUGGAGUCAUUACUUGUUGGGAAGAAAAAAAGAUUGGACAAGGAUAAACAAGAAAAACUAGAUGAACUUAAAGCAAGAGUAGAACGACAUAGGUUCCAUAUACGAAAAUUAGAGACUGUACUAAGAAUGUUAGAUAAUAUGUCAGUGGAAGUCAAAAAGAUUCGGUCAAUAAAAGAUGAUGUAGAAUAUUAUAUUGAAGCAUCACAUGAAGAGGAUUUUAUGCAUAAUGAUGAUUUGUAUGAUGAAAUAAUUGGGUUAGCUGAACUUGAAUUAGGAGUUGCUGCAAAUAAUUCUGCAGAAGCAAAUGGUUCACCCACUAGCCAAACUGCAAGUCUUAGUGGUUCUUGUCCAGCAUCACCUGCUCCAAUGUCACACAAUCAUUCCAUCGAAGAGCCAGUUUCAGUGGCUGUAAUAACAACUUCUACACCAGUAUCAAUAACAACUAUUGCUACAAUCAGUGAAUCAAUUCCAAUGAUCUCUGCAGUAUCUACAGUUGUAACUACUGCUACUUCAGCUUCUAUUGUUGCAGCGCCAGUUCGUAAGAAAAAAGAAGAAACUACUAAAAAUACAAUUAAACCAACUCCUGUGAAAGCAAAUCCUUCAAUUAAUGCUAAUACUACGGUGAACAGUAAAGGUCCAACUAUAGCUGCUGUUGUAAAAUCAUCUGUUAAUAAUCAUAUUACCACGACAUCCAGUGUGUCUACUGUGUCUCAAUCUAUAACUACUCAAACAAGUACUACUACUGUUGGUAAUUUUGCAACUGUAGCAGCUUCAAAUAUUCAUAAUAAGCAUGCCCCACAAUCUGUUGAAAAUACGUCUGUUGUCACGUCUAUACCAACUUCUCCAUCAUCGUACCAUACAAAUGUAUCAACUGCCCAAGGAAAUGUGAAUAAUUCUGAUAAUGUGGUAAAUUGUGUGUCUACUACACCUUCGUCAUUAAGUUCUACAACAUCACCAGUACAAGUGGAUUCUCACACACCUCUGUCUUCAUUAAAGACUAUUGCCCAAAAAGCUGUUGAUCAAGCUGGGAUUGAUAUAUCACAACAGUCUACAGAUAAUAAAAGUUUGAGUUCAAGCAUAGUUCAAAAUUCAAGUAGUCAUCUAAGCUUACAGCAACAACCAUCACAACAGGCACCUGUUUUGUUUGAAGCUACAAUUUCUCCUUUAUUAGGAGUAGCUCCACUAGGUCCAGUGCCACUUUCUAAAGACCACCAAUUUCAAUUUACAAUGCUUGAGUCCGCUUUUGUACAUUUACCUCAUCCGUCAGAUUCUGAACGAAUAAAGUUAUAUUUACCUCGAAAUCCAUGUUCAACACCUCAUUAUUAUAAUCAAGGACCUCUCCCUCAUUCAGAUAGUUUAGAAUUUUUCCAGAGGCUUUCAACAGAAUCCCUUUUUUUUAUAUUCUAUUACAUGGAGGGGUCUAAAGCACAGUAUUUAGCUGCUAAGGCAUUAAAAAAACAAAGUUGGAGAUUCCAUACAAAAUAUAUGAUGUGGUUUCAGCGACACGAAGAACCUAAAUUAAUUAAUGAAGAAUAUGAACAGGGCACAUACAUCUAUUUUGACUAUGAAAAAUGGGGUCAACGGAAAAAAGAAGGCUUUACGUUCGAGUAUAAGUAUCUAGAAGAUAGAGAAUUAAAUUGAAAUGAAAAUGUGUUUUCACAUAGUUAUACACUAAAAAACAAUACUUACAAUAUAGUCCAUGAAUACUAAAGGAUUAUUACAACAUGUGAUAUUAUGUGAACAUUUGGAGAAAAGGAAUUUGGAGUAUACUAUUUUUAUUUUUUAAUUUUGAAAAAAAAUAACUUAAUAUAGUCUUGUUUAUAUGUAUGUACAUACUAACUAAAUGUUGUACAUAUUAACAGACUGCUUUAAUAUUUUUUCUAAAUUAUUUAUUCUCUAACCAAAAAGUACUAAUGCUUAUGUCCCAUUUAUAUUAUCCCUUGAAAAAUGACAUAUUUUCAAUAAUUUUGUUUUGUUUCAAGAAUACAACUUUUACAAAUAGAAUUAUUAUUAGCCACAUAGUUAAAUUUCUCAUAGUUUAAUAUAAUUUUUUUCUGUAUUGUACUUUUUGUACCUCAGAUUUUUUGUCAAAUUUAUUAUUAAAUCUGUGAUACCAAAAAGUUAGUUUUAUUUGGUGUCAUUCAAAAAUUAUGUAAAUUAAUUUUUCUUUUUUUUUUUAAUGUAUAAUUGUCCAUUCCCUAACUCUUGAAAUUAGAUUUUCCUUGAUUAUAAAAUUAUGUAUAUAAAAAUUUAAUUAAUAGCACUUUCAUCAGGUAUAUAAAUUUUUUAAUUGAAUGAAUAUAAAUAAAAAUAAAACAAUAUAUUUUUUUAAUAAUGAAAUUGUAUGAAUUUAUAUGAGAUCAACAGUUUUUAUUAAGUUUUUAAAUUUAUUUAUCUAUUAGAUAAUUUUUGAAUGACCCUCUUUUAUAAACUUAAUUUUUCUGUUUCCUCAAAGUUCAAUGAAUGUAUAACUUACAUUAUUGGUAGUAAUUUAUAUUUUUGUCAAAUUUAAUUGAAUAACUAUAGAGCAAGCCACACAAUUUAAAAUCUCCUACCUUGUACUUAAUUCAUUACUCACUAGAACAAAAAUGUUAGCUACUAUUUUUUUAUACUAUUAUGUAUAAUAACAUUCAAUAAUUCUCACUUGUAAACAUAAUAAUUUUUCAAUGAGCGAUUUAAAAUUUGUAUAUUAUAAGAGUCUUUCAAAAAAUAUAAUUUAUUCAUAUUUCAUCAAUAGAAUUAAGUUUUUUAUAAC